AUGCCAAAACAAUACACGCCGCUGCCGUCCUGUGGCCCUGAAGAACGACCUACAACGCCCAGAAGCCUCACUUGUCGACCGAUCGUCUUGCCCUUACAGCAGAGGAAGAUGGCAGAUGCCCUGACUCGUACCGAGUCCCUCGCCUGCUCCCGCUCCUCCCCUGCUCUCAUCACCCUCGUUCUCACAACCGGCCACCCCAGUUCUCUUAGCCAACGUAACUCUAAAGCUAGACUCGGGUCGGCUGCCUCGCCAGGUUGUUCACCGCUAGGAGGCCUGCUAGGCGACAAGCUAGGCCGCCAAGACUUCUCAGCUUCAGGCGAGGACGACUAUCUAGGAAACUCGACUGAACAGUUGCAACUAUUGGCAUCCCGCAGCGCAGUAUGCAGACGCUCCGAAUCCAAACCACGAUCGGGAAGCGACCGAAGCCUCCCCAUCCUUCACAACGGUGCGCCACGCGAUCUGAAGCACCCGUCAUCGUUUCAUGGCGGAUUGUGGCUCGACACAAGUUCGCGUUGA